AUGCCUGAGGAUGGAUCCUAUUCCCUCGGAACCAGCGUUUUGUCCGUGACUAGCUCGGUGGUCUAUGUCGGUGAAUUUGUUGGCGCCCUGAUGACAGCUCCAAUCAACGAUGCAUGGGGUCGCAAAGCAGUCUUUUACUGUGCCUCGGCUUGUAUCAUCGCAGGAGCUAUUGUCCAAGUAUGCUCGUUGGACGUUUAUGGCGUCUUCCGUGCCGAUCGAGUCCUCAUCGGAUCAGGUAUUUGUCAAUUCAUAUCUACUUGCUUGAUCUACAUCAAAGAAGUUGCUCCCGUUGAGAUUCGGGGCCCCGCUCUUAUGUCCUUCCAAUUUAUGCAACUCAUUUCUCAAUUCGUCGGAGCUUGCAUUACACAAGGCACACAAAGCAUCGAUGCCCCCUCCUUUUAUCGAACCCUCAUGGGACUGCUGACGGUCUUUCCGGGUGUCAUGAUAAUGCUCGUCCCUUUUGUCCCAAAGAUUCCUGUGUGGUAUGUUUCGAAAAAUCGUCCUGAGACAGCUGAGGCAUCUUUGCGGAAGAUUUGCCGCAUGGGAGGUUAUGACCCGGCCAAGGAUCUUCAGCUUAUCCAGGAGCAAGUGAGCAAGGAGCGCGCGCUGAAAUCCCAAUCUUCUUGGUCGUCAUUGUUCAAGGAUCCCGUUGAACGACGGAAACUUCUCUACUGCUGCGGUGCCACAUUCGUGCAGCAGAUUAACGGUAUCCAGUUCUGGUAUACCUACGGCGUGGCCUUCGCACAAUCGACUGGUAUCGGUGAGCGAUUCACCAUCAACACCAUCAUCUACGUCUUGCAGAUCAUCACAGGUAGACUUUCGGUCGCGCUUGGUGAUAAGAUUGCGCGCCGCACGAACCUGCUCGUCUGUACCGUCGGAAUGCUGUGUUCAUUGGUUGCAGUUGGCGGACUAGGGACCACCCGCUAA